GGCAUACACACAUAUACGCACACAUACACACGUAUACAUAACGAACACCUAUUCAUUCUGAAAGAACAAGAAUAUAUUUACAACAGAAAAAAAAAGAUAAAACGAAACGAAACACGAAGUGAGGAAAAUAGGAAACUCAGAGAGAACGGGAGAGCGAUCGAGCGAGUGAGAGAAAGAAAAAGAAAGAGUGAGAGAGUAAGAACGAUACGUGGUGGUUAAAUACGGGAAUAGGUGUGGUAGAUGAAAUAGUCACGCACUGUAGAGUGGAAAACAAGCUCUACGUACGGAGUAAGGAAGCAUAUCCGCAGGCUUCGAGGAUUAAAAAGAAGGGUAUAGGGAAAGGGAUAUAAAAAGGAACGUAAUCGCAGAGAGAAAAAAAAGAAAGAAGAUCGCAUAAUCAGUGGUCAUCAUCGGGCGGGGACAAUCUGGUGUUAAAAAUCGUGUGUUUUUUUCUUGUGUUUCGUGCGCCGAAGUCGGAGGCAAAGCGGUCCGAGGGUAGUUUCCUAUCUCUCUCUCUACGCGUUGCCCUGCUACCGAUUAGAGACGCUGAAAGAAAGACUUAAAACAUGGGAUGCAUUGUGGGCCGGAGACUCGGCCCUGACGAUACUGGGUACCCUGGAUCAGGAUUCAUGGCGGCUAUAAGAAAGAAAUUGGUGAUCGUGGGUGAUGGUGCCUGUGGUAAAACUUGUCUCCUGAUCGUUUUUAGCAAAGAUCAAUUCCCCGAGGUUUAUGUACCUACCGUAUUUGAAAAUUAUGUCGCGGACAUCGAAGUGGACAGCAAACAGGUCGAACUAGCCCUUUGGGACACGGCUGGUCAGGAGGAUUACGACAGGCUUCGUCCACUGUCUUAUCCGGACACAGACGUUAUUCUGAUGUGUUUCUCCAUCGACAGUCCCGAUUCCUUGGAGAACAUUCCCGAAAAAUGGACACCAGAGGUCAAACAUUUUUGUCCCAAUGUGCCGAUAAUAUUGGUCGGUAACAAAAAAGACCUUCGUAAUGAUCCCGGUACAAUUAAAGAACUUGGAAAAAUGAAACAAGAGCCAGUUAAACCUGAAGAAGGACGUGCAAUGGCCGAAAAAAUUAACGCCUUCGCAUACCUAGAGUGUUCUGCCAAAAGCAAGGAGGGAGUGCGGGAAGUUUUUGAAACAGCAACCAGAGCUGCGUUGCAGGUGAAGAAGAAGAAGAAGGGAAGGUGUAGGCUUCUUUAAGAAGUAAUCUUGGCUGGGCCAAAUAUGAUAAAGAUAGUAUGGCAUUGCCGAGGAAGCAUUGCGUGUGCUCAUCUUAGGUCUCUUGGCCCCCGUAAAAACCCAUAACAUAAAAUAAUAUCUUACCUUUAAUUAAUUAUUUUACAUAACAAAAAUAGGACAACGUCUAGCGCGCGACCUGCCGUUGUACGACACAAGAAUCCCCGGAAAAAAACAAAGAGAGUAACAGAGAAAGAGGUGACAAAUUCUACUUUGUCAGAUUGGAGAAAAAGAAGACAAAACAGAGAGUGAGAGAGAGAAAUGCAGAGAGAGAGAGAGAGAGAGACCGCGAACAAGGGAAAAUCGAAAAACUAGGGAUAAAACAAAAACAAACAAAAAAAAAACAAAUACACGUUGAAACAUGAGAUAACAAUUAUCCAAAAUGUAUUUUUCAAAGUUAACGAAUUGUGUUUCACGUUCGAGCGAUUAAAACGAUCAUAAAAUGAAUUUUUAAUUAUUAUACAUAAUUAUUAUUAUCUUUAGUACUAUAAUAAUAAUAAAUCUUACCGCUAUUAUUUUAAAUAUUAUUAUUAUCAUUAUUAUUAUUAUUACCAUUAUUAUCAUUACACGAAAAUACGUUCUCUUUACAUUCUUUUUAAUUCUACAUAUUGUGUAGUCAUUAUGAUUAUUAUUACUAUUAUUUUUAUUAUCACACCAUAUUAUUUCGAGAACUAACGAAUGAUACGCGAGUAAUUAAUUGUUAACUUACGAAAAUGAUUGAUUUUUUUUUUUCCUCGAGGAUAACUAUGAAGAUAUAGGUUUUUGAAAGACAAAAGAUACUUAACGACAUUUUUAGUAGAAGCACUGUAGAAAAUCAUGAAAAAAGAAAAUAAUAAAAAAAAAGAGUAAUAAAACAAAUUUGAAUAAGUUACGUUUUAACGUGUUCGCAUAUUUGCAUUGUGGAAUAGUACGUGUUAAUUCUUACAGUAUUGCAUUUCUCGCGUAAAUUGAAAAGAUACUUGUUUUUAUUUUUAUGCGUGAACGUAUUUUUUGGUACAUUUUUGUUUAUUUUUCUUAAGCACAAAAUCAGUUCGAUAAACUCCUUAUUUGCGUUUCAUUUAUGUAAUUAUUUUUAUUUUUAGUUUUCAACGAAUGCAUUGCUGUAAUACAAAAAUUAACAGUUAUUACCUUGUAACUUUACAUUUAUGUCCUGCGAUUGUUGAAUUUUUCCCAGUCAUCGCAUUUGUUUGGGAAAUAGUUAAUUUCCUUUGGUUCAAACGAUAGAUCCAACCACGAAAGCGUUUAAGAUACUAAAACCACUGUGCUAAACCGUCUUAACGUGUCAGUAGUAAUUACAGUAUCAAAUUCAGUAAUACAUACAUGAUUUGAAUACUCACAAAUCCAGCCCAGAAAGAGAAAUUAAAAUUACAAUCGUAAUUGUAUCUACUCCGUUAUCGCACAGAGUAGAUUUGUCUUUCUGAAAAUUGCAUCUCAAAUUUCUUACUCUAAUUAUCAAUGGAUACCGAAUAAUGAACUAAGGUCUACUUUCUCAAUUUUCGUAGGAUAAAUCAUGGUUCAAUAUACCACUGUCCCGAUGAUCUUCUCGAAUCAUAAAUUUUACAGGAUCUAAUAACGAGUAACAAUAAAUUAGAUAAAAAAUUCUUGUGCGCCACGACGGGAGGUUGCUUUUCCAUCUUCCAUAAAUAGACAUAGGUACUUGAAUCAGAUUUUAUAUCGUGAAAAGAUUAGGCUAAACGCUUGUUAUUAUUAUCAAAACUUAUAUUUUAAUGCCUAGUUUUGCUAAGUUGAAGUAAUAAUAUGACAAUGAGCUGGUCGUUUAAGACGUUGUGCAGUAUUUGAUAAUGGAAUGGUUUCAAGAUCGAUGCCAUGCGACCAAUGCUAGAACUGGGAAUUAAGCGAAAAAAAAAAAAUAAAAUCUGGAUAAAAAUUA